AUGCAGCUCACUCUUCUCGCAUCCCUCGCUGUCCUUUGCAGCUCUGCUUUCGCUGUCCCUGUUGACAGUCGCUCUCCUGAAUUGGUUGAUGUCUUGGCCUAUGUGGAGGAUGUUGCGAACUAUGACACUGUGAACGUCCUCACCAAGCGUACCUUGGUUGAUGCCUUUGCAUACGUAGAGGAUGUCGCGAACUACGACACUGUGAACGUCCUCACCCGCCAGGCGUCCAUAGCCGACGUAUUUGCUGACGUGGAGGAUGUCGCGAACUACGACACUGUGAACGUCCUCACCAAGCGUCAGGCCUUGGUUGAUGCCUUUGCAUAUGUGGAGGAUGUCGCGAACUACGACACUGUGAACGUCCUCACCCGCCAGGCAUCCAUAGCCGACGUAUUUGCUGACGUGGAGGAUGUCGCGAACUACGACACUGUGAACGUCCUCACCAAGCGUACCUUGGUUGAUGCCUUUGCAUAUGUGGAGGAUGUCGCGAACUACGACACUGUGAACGUCCUCACUUAA